UCCACAAUUUUGUGGAGAACUUUUGUUCCAUUGUCUAUUAUCUUUGUGGAGAAAAGAAGAGAAAAUGAGGAAUGAUCUCUUCGUUGCUUCGGAAAAUGGUGAUCUUGAAACAAUUAAAAAUUUGUAUGGGCAGGACUCACGUGUUUUGUCUGACAUUACUUUGCGAGGAGAUAAUGCCUUGCACAUUGCUGCAAGGGAGGGCCAUGAACAUAUUGUUGGCUGGAUUCUUCAAGUGGAUUCAUUGGAACCCGCUUUGGUUGUUGCUCGAAACGAGGAUGACAAUACGCCAUUGCACGAGGCUGCUAAAUGCAGUAAUCCAGAUCUAGUCAAAAUUCUUUCUGACCAGAAACGGAGUUGUGCCUCUCAGCUUAAUAAGUUUGGAGAGACACCUCUAACAAUAGCUUGUAAAUAUGGCCACGAGCAAACAGUCAAACAAUUGUUGGACUUGGAGGGAGGUGCGACCUCCAUUCUGCAUGCAGCCGUUCAUGGAGGAAAUCUGGAGAUUGUAAAAGCAAUACUUAAUUAUCGUGCUUGGCAUAAUGACUUGAUGACAGAGAAGGAUAACUAUGGAAGAUGCGCAGUUCAUGUAGCAGCCAGGAAAGGCCGUUGGGAUAUAAUUGAACAAUUUAUGUCCAAAGUGCGAGACUGUGUUCAAAUUCGCAGUUUAGAUCAUAAAUCUGUUUUGCACUUUGCUGUCGAAUAUAAUCAUCUUGAAAUAGUAAGGAAUCUACUAGCAGACAAAAAGGAAUCUAAAAAGGCGGAAUUGGUGAGCCGAGACCAUGAUCUUUCUCACAAUACUGCUUUACAUCUCGCAGCAAAAGAUGGAGUGGAUUCCCAGGUUUGACAUCCUUACCUCUGCCCAUUUUCCUGUUUUUCUAGUUAUGAUCAUUCAUUUUUCUCUGCAAAUUCUAAGAAUUGUUCAAGCGUUGGGUUAUGUAAAGGAAUUUGACGGUAACUUUUAUAUUUUGUAGCAGUAUCUAGCAAAUGCAAUUACACGCACAACAAAACGGGAAAAAAGGGAAUUUUAUUAAAAAAAAUAAAAAAUCAUCCAAAAUAGAUUUAGAUUAAAAAUUAAAACAAAA